AGCGAAGAUGCGUGGAAGCCGAGGAGCACAGUGAUUGUGAUUUUUCUUUCAUUAUUACAUUGUUACUUUAUUAUUUUUGUAAUACUUUAUUUUCGCAUAGUGUAGUGAUGUUUUUGGUGAAGUGACGGACAAUUUUUUCAUGCAAUUAAUGCAGAAAAAUAAUAUUUAAAUACAUAAUAAUAACUGUGACAAGACGAAUUUAAAGUUCGUAAAUGAGAUAAUGGCAAGAGAAGACGUAUCUGUGACUAAAAAGCAGAAUUCUAACGCAGAUUGCAAUAAAUUGAAAGUUAACGGAGCUACGGAAUCAUGUGAUAAAGCAGUUAGUUUAUUGGAUACCAAACCAAAUGUAGACAGUAGUGAAUAUGACUUGGUGCCACCGGAUGGAGGUUGGGGUUGGCUGGUAUUACUUGGAUCGAUGAUGGUCAAUAUACUCAUACCGGGUACCAUUAAAAGUUUUGGUGUAUUAUUUGUUGAAUUUUUGGAAGCAUUCGAAGCAUCCCCGGCGACAGGAGCAUGGAUACCCGCUCUUUGUUAUUUCCUAUAUAGUUCGUUAGGUCCCGUCUCCAGUAUAUUAUCUGUUAAGUAUUCAUAUCGAACAGUAACGAUAAUGGGUGGUGCUUCAGCGGCAUUUGGUAUGAUCGCGUCAUUUUGGGCCUCAUCUGUAGCAUAUUUGUACUUAAGUUAUGGAGUUCUCGUGGGGAUUGGUGCCGGUCUAUCGUUUCCGCCAACUGUGUAUAUAGUGACAUCAUACUUUGUUAGAUUACGUGGACUAGCUAAUGGACUAUGCAUAUCGGGCAGUGCGCUUGGAUCGAUUAUAUUACCACCAGUAUUGCGUUGGCUACUCGAAAAUUAUGGAUAUAGAGGUGCCGUUCUUAUAAUGGGUGGUAUAACGUUAAAUGUAUUUGUUGCCGCCAUAUUUUAUGAGCCCGUGGAACAACAUAUGAUUCGAGUACCUAAAAACAAGAAUGCCCUUGAAGAUAUCGAAGAGGAAGAUAUCGGCAUCGUAUUGAAAUUUGAAACUGUAGACGAAGCGGGUUCUAUAAAUAAUGAUGUACAAUCACAUGAUGGUUGUAGCGAAGUGGGUACAAAACCAUUUCCUUCAUAUAGUCCACCAGCACUCUUGGAGGACAAUCAAUUCGUACGCAGCGCAUCGGCUGCGGUAGUACAAAAUUGCAGUAAGCACCAAGAUGAAUAUACACCAACCUCACGCACACGAAAAAUUAGCACACCUGUUCGCUUGCCACAACGCAAUCAAACAUUUACGCCCGGUCAAUUGAAUUCACAAUCAUCAUUAUAUGCUGUGCCAGAGGGCGGUCGCUCCAGCCAUAAACUUGACCGUCUCCACGCUCUACGCAACAAUUCUAAAAAUCGUCUUUCACGACGUUCGCCUUCCACGAGUAGCUUUCAGUAUAUAAGUACACCAUACCACGGCAGCACAUUGUCCUUUCAACCGAAAGAGUUUUCAUCACACCUAUCGUUGCGUUCGAUGGGUAGUAGCACUGGCGCAGCAGCUAGUGAAAGUUUAAUGGGUGACGUUGCGGGCGAUAAGGGCGAGCCGAAAACGUCUUCACGCUCAAAAUUCUUCGACCUUAGCUUAUUAAAGGAUCCUACUUAUCUGGUUAUAUUAAUAUCGAAUUCAACAAAUGCCAUUGGUUACACCAAUUUUAUUAUAUUGCUGCCAGCUUACGGUGUAGCAUUAGGUUUUAGUAAAUCGCUAUCAGCAUACCUGAUUUCAAUUGUUUCGGCGACGGAUCUUAUUGGACGUAUUGGUGGAUCGGCUCUUUCGGAUCUCGGUCUAAUACCAAAGACAUGGUACUUCAUUGGAGGCCUUGCAAUAUCCGGUUUAUCGCUAGCGCUUCUACCAUUCGCCACCACUUAUGGUAUGCUGAGUUUUUGGUGUGCCGUUUUUGGUCUCGCGUCUGGUAUAUAUGUCGGCAUCACUGCUGUUAUAAUGGCUGAUAUGUUGGGUGAAGAGCGUUUAACAUCAUCCUAUGGCAUUAGCUUAUUUGUAAAUGGAAUAUUGCAAUUGAUUGGACCACCACUAUGUGGCAUUUGGUAUGAAGCGGUGAUGGACUAUAGUCCACUAUUUCAUACAUUGGGACUAACGUUAUUGUGUGGCGCCAGCCUUUGGAGUUUCAUGCCAUUUAUUAAUAGACAAAAAGCCAAAGAAGAAAAAUUGAGACAAGCACAAUGCGACAACGAGGCGCAUUAAAUGUAUUUUUCAUAUACAGAACUGCGUUUUUUUUCUACUAAAUGCAUUCUUAUUUACUUAAAUUUAAAAGUAAUAUU